AUGUCAUCUGCAACAAAAGCAUCUAGGAUUGGGGAAGAGACGAGAGUUGACAAAGUGAACGCCGAGUUGGUAACAUUAACUUACGGUACAAUUGUCGCGCAACUUUGCCAGGACUACGAUGGAAAUUACCAAGAAGUGAACAAGCAACUGGAGAAGAUGGGUUACAAUAUUGGAAUGCGACUUAUCGAGGACUUUUUGGCCAAGUCGGGCGUCGGCCGAUGUGCUAAUUUCCGGGAAACGGCGGAUAUGAUCGCAAAGGUUGGGUUCAGGAUCUUCCUCAACAUCGCACCCACCGUCACCAAUUGGACGAGUGACAACAACCAAUUCUCUCUCAUAUUUGAAGAAAACCCGUUGGCAGAUUUUGUUGAGUUGCCCGAUGACGGACGGGCUCAAGAUGAGCUGUGGUUUUCCAAUAUCCUCUGUGGAGUUCUGCGGGGUGCAUUGGAGAUGGUGCAAAUGCAGAUCGAGGCGCAUUUUGUGAGCGACGUUUUGCGGGGCGAUGACACAACGGAAAUGCGGGUGUCACUUGUACGGUACAUUGAGGAUGAGAUGCCACCCGAUGAGGAGUAA